UAACAACCUAGUUGGAAUAGUGGCUCGCAUGCAAGAUUUUAAAUCAAAGCUACAGAUUAGAUCAUGUGGUGUUCUCAUGAUUGGAAUAUGGGGCGGGGUGGUGGUAAGACUACUCUUGCAUCUUAUGUUUAUAGUGAAUUUUCUAGAGAUUUUGUUGGUUGCUGCUUUGUGGAAAAUAUUCGAGAGAAAUCUAGUAAGAAUGGUUUGGAACAAUUGCAAGGAAAAAUUCUCUCCGAUGUUUUGAAACCAAAUCAAGAGCAGGUAGGGGGAGUUGAGGAAGGAAAGCACAUGAUAAAGGAUAGGUUAUGCCAUAGAAAGGUGUUGAUUGUUCUUGAUGAUGUUGAUCACCUUGAACAACUAGAAGCAUUAGCCGGAUCACAUGAUUGGUUCGGUGAAGGAAGUUUAGUAAUAAUCACAACAAGAGAUGAACAUCUAUUAAAUGUUCACAAAGUCGACUUGAUACACAAAGUUAGUUUGUUAAAUAAGGAUGAGUCCAUGGAGCUCUUUUGCAAGCAUGCACCCUGGGGUGACAGACGUAUUGAAGAUUAUGAGGUGCUUUCAAAUUUCGUGGUUUCUUAUGCUGGAGGGCUCCCAUUAGCUCUGCAAGUUCUCAGUUGUUUUCUAUGUGACAAAGAUAUGAAUCAGUGGAGAAGCAUAAUAGCUAGACUGAAAGAGAUCCUAGAGACUGAUAUUCUGGGAAAGCUAAAAGUCAGCUUUGAUGGACUUGAACUGUUUGAGCAAGACUUGUUUCUUGAUAUAACAUGUUUUUUUAGGUGGGAGAAGAAAGAAACUGCAAUGGAGAUUCUUGAUGCUUGUGGUUUUCAUCCUGUUAUAGGAAUAGAGGUGUUGAGACAAAAGGCUCUCAUAACUAUUUCAGAAGAUGGAAGAUUUGAUAUGCAUGAUCUGGUGCAAGAAAUGGGACACUACAUUGUUAGAGGUGAACACCCUAACAAUCCUGAAAAACAUAGUAGGAUUUGGAAGAAUGAAGAUGUUCUUAGAAUAUGUGCUAUGGAUGCAAUGAUGGUAAGUGACAAGAUCGAAGCAAUAAAAAUGGAUUUCUGGAUUCAACGAGCAGAAGAACAAGAACAAAAUCUUCAUUCGGUUGCUGCAAACAUGAAGAAUCUUCGGUAUAUGGAUUGGAGAUACGAACCUGCAAAAUUAUUGUUUAAUGACCUUCCAUUAAGGGCGCUUUGUUGUCUUAUAUUGUGCGAAGGCUUGCAAAAAAAACUUUGGGAGGGUUGUAAGUUUCUGCCAAGUUUGAAGAUACUUAAACUUUUCCAAAUGUAUAACUUAAUUAUGGCACCAGAUUUUAAUAGACUUCCAAAUCUUGAAAGAUUCAUUCUUUAUGAAUGUAAGAGUUUACAAGAGAUUGAUCCAUCGAUUCGAUACUUGAAAAAGCUUGUUUGCUUAUCUAUAGAAGGCUAUCCCAGUCUUGAGAUGUUUCCACCCAUUUGGGGAAUAGAGAAACUCGAGACCCUCUCAUUCGCAAAGCACCGCAAAUUUUUAGGUUUUCCAGAGAUCCAACAACAGAAGAUGGAGAAUUCAACACAUCUUGAUUUGGAUAAUAGUGGGAAUGAAGUUGCAUCCAACAUAGAAUCAUAUUCAAACUAUUUUGUUAUUUGUUGGAGGUGUGGUUGCAACAAUCUUCCUGGUGUAGAAUGUUGUGUACAGGAGCCCGGUUUAUGUAGCAACAUAAGGUUAGGGUUUUCUCGCAACUUGCAAGAACUCUGCUUGUUAAGGAAGUUGGAUCUGAGCAUGUGCCAUUUGGGAGAUGAAGACAUUGGCUCUGAUGGUGUGGGUGGGGGCGGUGACGGUAGCGGGUUGGCAGCGGUGGUGGUGAUGACAGGCAAUGGUGGUGGCGGCGACAAUUAUGCCAGUCGUGGUGAUGGCGGCGGCAACAGUGGUGGUGGUGCUAGUGAUGGGUUAGUGGUGGUGGUGGUGGUGAUUUAA